UAUUCUUGGGGGAAAAAACGGUCUGUGUUUUUUUGGAUCAUGUAAAUUCCAGUAGGCCUACCAUGGUAGACUAUACUUUAAAGUAACAGCGUAACUACAGUAGGCAUAGGUAUGAUCAUAAUGACUGUAGUGAUAAUGGUUAUCAUGGUAUUCAAGUCUUUCGGAUGAUUUGAAAUGACGUUUGUUUUGAUAUGCUUUUGUGGUGAUAGAAAAUCAAAAUACAUUUUAUUUACAGGGUUAAUUUUACAGCGAACAUUUGACAGCUAUCAUAUUUACACAUAAUAAUUGAACUAACCUGAAAGCAGCUAAGUGAAAUUAAAGCCUACGUUCUCAAAACUUUGAUGAAUCUUUUGACAAGGGUAUCUCAAGUUUAUGAAUAAACGUUCUUCCAGCAACGUUACGUUGUGCUCUCAAAGCGUCAUCGUUUUUUCUUUCUUCUGAUGUUUUUGAAUCGUUAAUUUUUUUGUAAACUUUGAAAAAGGGAGGUUUUUAACAUCCAGAGACCAUUCCAAAAUGUUCCUACCAUAAUGGGAAGUUGCGAAAGUUCUUAACACAUAUUUUCUGAGCUGGGAGUAUAUAUAUCUACAUCUCACACGACUAGGCUACUCGUAAUAGAGCGUCAGUUUCUUAUUUGGGGACGAUUUUAGACUCAUGCAAAAAUGAAACCACUCGACUGUUUAAAUAUGUGAGUUUUAAAUGUGGAUUUAUAUCCAGUUAUGUGAUGAAACAAUGGACAACCGAUGUUCGACCCCUUGUUGAGAGAGAGAGAGAGAGAGAGAGAGAGAGAGAGAGAGAGAGAGAGAGAGAGAGGAAUAGAGAUUUGGCGCCCUCUUCUGAUAAAACUAGAGAACUUCAAAGACCGGAUCUGAGGUAGCUUAGUUGAAAGAGAAAAAAAAUAUUACUGUAACUAGGAGUUGUGCCAUCAGAGUUCAACCAGUGUUUAUAAGUAUCAUUAUCAUUAUAUUUAUACGUUUUCUCAAAAUACAAAAAAUAUCGGUUUCAUAUUUAUGAUAUUAUGAAUUCCGAUGUGUUCCUGGUCUCUUGGCUUCGUUUGUGUGCGUUCUUUACGUGAACCCACGCAUAGGCAAAGCGAUCCAUGUCUGGUGUUUUAUUGGGGUUAGUUACUGUUUAACAUCUCCACCCAACUUUCAGUUUGUUUAGUAAAUCGAUCUAAUGAGGCUCCCCCAACACCACCAAUAGUAUUUUUUCCAUUUUGACAUGUUAAACACUUAAUUUGCUCUCUAUAUCAGCCUAAAUAUAAUAUUUAUUAGGACAAAGCGUUUUGGUUUUGGUGGAUUAAUGCAAAUCGUUGUUGGACGUGGAGAAGAAAACAUGCCGACAGAGCCCGACAUCAGUCAAGGAGAAAAUGGCCUGAGCUCCAACUGCGCAAUCUGUGGCGAUAAAGCCACAGGUAAACAUUAUGGUGCCUCCAGCUGUGAUGGCUGCAAAGGAUUCUUCCGCCGGAGCAUCAGGAAAAGUCAUGUCUACUCCUGCAGGUUUAACCGUCAGUGUGUUGUUGAUAAAGACAAAAGGAAUCAGUGCCGUUUCUGCAGACUUCACAAAUGCUUUCGAGCUGGAAUGAAGAAAGAAGCCGUUCAAAAUGAACGGGAUCGUAUCAGCUCGAGGAGGACCAUACAAGACUCCCAUGACCUGCCGCCAAUCACGGCCCUGGCUCACGCUGAAGCUCUCUCGCAGCAGAUCAGCCCAAUGGGCCCUGAUGAUGUUUCAGAGAAAAAAUCAGCCACUAUCAGUGACGUCUGUGAAUCUAUGAAGCAACAGCUGCUUGUUCUGGUAGAGUGGGCUAAAUACAUCCCAGCCUUCGGCGAAUUGCCACUUGAUGACCAGGUUAGUUUAUUAAGAGCUCAUGCCGGAGAGGAUCUUCUGCUUGGUGUGGCUAAAAGGUCAAUGCCAUACAAAGAUCUCUUGCUUCUAGGAAAUGGCUGUGUUGUCCAUCGAAACUGCCCAGAGCCAGAAAUCGGUCGCGUAUCUAACCGAGUCUUGGAUGAACUGGUUCUACCCUUCCAGGACAUCCAAAUUGAUGACAAUGAAUACGCAGCUCUAAAGGCCAUUGUGUUCUUCGACCCUGACGCCAAAAGCUUAAGAGAUCCUUCUAAGAUCAAGGCGAUGCGCUAUCAGGUUCAAAUGAGUCUGGAAGACUACAUUAAUGACCGGCAGUAUGACUCGCGAGGGCGAUUCGGGGAGCUUUUGCUGCUUCUUCCUACUCUGCAAAGCAUCACCUGGCAGAUGAUUGAGCAGCUACAGUUUAUCAAGCUUUUCAGUCCCGCCAAGAUAGAUAACCUGCUGCAGGAGAUGCUUCUUGGGGGUCUAACCACGGAUCAACCUCAUUUACAUCACAAUGGUCACCCUCAGAUUCCAAUAAUGGGACAGACCAUAGUCAUUAGCUCCAUCCCAGGACCUGCACACUCACAGCAGAUGGCAUCCCCAGAUACCCCCAUUCCAUCUCCCACUUCAGUACAGGAGGUGUACAAGCCCCCCGGCAGCCCGACUCUCUUGCUCCUGCCACAGCCCAUGCCAAACAGACCCUCUCCCGAGCCUCCCCUUUGAGCCUCCUCGCUGCUGCGGGCCCUGUGUGUUUGUACAGUGUAGGUAUGUGUAAACUGUGUGAGUUAUGCCCUUCCCCACAUCCAGUGCAACAUAUUUAUCUGAUCGAAAGAGAAUUUUGCAAAACAAUUUCACAUUUAUUGUCUAAGUGGAUCACCACUAACUGAAAAAGGUAUUUCAACAAAAAUGUAUUUCUCCUUGUAUCAGCCUACUGCUGGUGACCUAUAGUAAAUAUUUACAAUAUUAGUUUUUAAUAAAUUAUUGUUAGUUUAAAAGAGGCUUAUCAAAAAAAUUUUGUAUUAAUAAAAAGUCAAGAUUUAAAUUAUUAAUAAAAUUAUAUUAUGCAACUCUAAAGAAAUGUAACAUUUUGCUUGAAAAUGUGCCCUUAAACACAAUAAAUGCUCUUAGUGCCUGA